AUGCAACAUAUGUAUGCGAUUACUUUCUUGACAGCGAAGCGAUUCUUUAGAAAUAUAUUAGACCUAGCUCCUUGGUUGUCGACGACUAAGUCGAAUAUAACUUCUUAUAGAAAUACAGUUUACGCUAUACAACUACACGUUAUUGCUGCAUGCUCGGGCUGCGACCGACGCUGCGGGCCCGGCCUUCGUUAGUGGACCUAAUCCGACGGGGAAACCACGGCCAAAGUCCAGUUUCGAGUCCAAGUUCAAGUCGGCCGGGUACACCUGCACAGUCUGCGUCACCUGGCAGCAGUUUCCUUGAUAACACCACCGCUGGUAGCACUGACAAAGCCGCUAAAGCCACAGCGUCGAUAGCUGAAGCUUCUAAUCAACCACUGCCCCCCAGCCCGUUACUGUUACCAGCUACUAACGAUACAGCCACACCUGGAACACCUGCAACGCCUGCAAUUAGCUCCACAAUCGUCACAACUACAACUACAAUAACCACUCCCUCAACUUCGACAUCGAGCUCCGAACCUAGAGCCUCACCUUUACCUGUGCUUGCAUUACCUGUCCCGACAAUUUCUAUAGCUGAGGAGCCGCCUGUAACCCCGAAACCGACUCCCAAAAUGGCUCCAUCAGCGAAAGCCACGAACGGCGACAAAGAUGGGCUCAACAGUGGCAAGAUUUACUCCGUAUCCGGACCCGUCGUGGUGGCCGAAGACAUGAUCGGUGUUGCCAUGUACGAGCUUGUGAGAGUCGGCCACGAUAACCUAGUCGGUGAAGUCAUUAGAAUCAACGGUGACCAAGCCACCAUUCAAGUCUACGAAGAGACCGCUGGUAUAACCGUGGGCGACCCUGUUCAACGUACCGGGAAACCUCUCUCCGUCGAGCUCGGCCCUGGUCUAUUACACAACAUCUACGAUGGAAUUCAAAGACCUCUUGAGAAGAUCUCCCAACAGUCUCAGAGCAUCUAUAUCCCGCGUGGUAUCGCGGCCCCUGCUCUCGACCGAACCAAGAAGUGGGAGUUCACCCCUACCCUCAAGGUUGGCGAUCACAUCUCUGGCGGCGAUGUUUGGGGAACCGUCUUCGAGAAUUCGUUCAUCAAAGUCCACAAGAUCCUGCUGCCCCCGCGAGCAAGAGGAACUAUCACCAAGAUCGCCGGAAAGGGCGAGUACACCGUCGAUGAGAAGAUCCUCGAGGUCGAGUUCAACGGCAACAAGACCGAGUAUGGCAUGAUGCAGACCUGGCCUGUCCGUGUUCCUCGACCGACGACCGAGAAGCUAUCCGCUAGCAGCCCCUUCAUUGUCGGUCAACGAGUCUUGGACGCCCUCUUCCCUAGUGUCCAGGGUGGUACCGUGGCUAUCCCUGGUGCUUUUGGAUGCGGAAAAACUGUCAUUUCACAAUCAGUUUCCAAGUUCUCGAACAGUGACGUGAUUGUUUACGUGGGUUGCGGAGAGCGAGGAAACGAGAUGGCUGAAGUCUUGAAGGAUUUCCCCGAGCUGUCCAUCGAUGUCGAGGGCCGCAAGGAACCCAUUAUGAAGCGAACCACUUUGAUCGCCAAUACCUCCAACAUGCCUGUCGCUGCUCGAGAGGCCUCAAUCUAUACUGGUAUCACUGUCGCCGAGUAUUUCCGUGAUCAGGGUAUGGAUGUAGCCAUGAUGGCUGAUUCCUCAUCUCGAUGGGCCGAAGCUCUGCGUGAAAUUUCCGGACGUCUCGGUGAAAUGCCUGCUGACCAGGGUUUCCCCGCCUACCUCAGUGCUAAACUAGCCAGUUUCUACGAACGUGCGGGAAAGACGAGCUGUCUUGGCUCGCCCGAGCGUGAGGGUAGUGUCAGUAUCGUGGGUGCCGUCAGUCCCCCUGGUGGUGACUUCUCGGACCCCGUCACUAGUUCCACACUAGGUAUUGUGCAAGUGUUCUGGGGUCUUGACAAGAGGCUAGCGCAGCGGAAGCAUUUCCCUUCCAUCAACACGUCUGUUUCGUACAGCAAAUACACAAAUACAUUGGAUAAAUGGUAUGAGAAGGACUACCCCGAUUUCCCGCGGCUGCGUGACCGUAUCAAGCAGCUCCUAUCCGACUCCGAAGAGCUAGAUCAGGUCGUGCAGUUGGUUGGCAAGUCCGCGCUGUCGGAUCCGGACAAAAUCACGCUAGAUAUGGCGACAUUGCUGAAGGAAGACUUCCUCCAGCAGAACGGAUACUCCGACUAUGACCAGUUCUGCCCCAUCUGGAAGACGGAGUGGAUGAUGAAGCUAAUGGUUGGCUUCCACGACGAGGCGCAGAAGGCCAUCGCCCAAGGUCAAAGCUGGGCCAAGGUCCGUGAGGCCACGAGCGAUCUCCAGGCUCAGCUCAGACAGCUGAAGUUUGAGGUGCCAAGCGAAGGAGAGGAAGUUAUUAGUAAGAAGUACGAGAGCAUCCAGCAGAACAUGUUGGAUAAGUUCGCCGCCGUCAUGGACGAGUAAGGGGGUUCGAUUUUUUACCCUAUUUUACCCUGAAAGCUUAAAGGAGGGGCUGUACAUAGACGAAUGCGGUUGAAUGGGAGGAAGAUGAUGAGAAACGCGUACGCUCGAACCGAUGAAUGAACAGUAUGAGUGUUAGGGUAGUGUAGUGUUAUGAAUUACAAUUGCAUUUUUAGAUUCGCACUUUUGAGUGGUCGUGAUUUA